UAUACAUAUCUUCAUCACUCUGAUAUCUUUAGGGAUUGAUUUUUUUCCCUUUUUUUUCGAAUUUUCUCUUCCAAAAAUGGAAGAAUAUUAUUCUGAUAAGCGGAGGGAAAAUCAUGAUCGUGAUGAUGAUGAUGAUCAGGAGUUGUUUACGGAGUUGGACAUGGCGGCGGCUCAGCAGCUUAUGCAGCUUAGCGAUGAAGAAAACCACAGCAACAAGGAGAACAUCAUAGAUGAUCAUGAUCAUGAUGAAGAGGUUGAUCAGAGAUUAAUGAAGAUUAUUAACAAUAGAAUCCCAAGAUUAAGAAGUACUUUGGAGAAGAUUGAAGAGAUUUUUGGGAAAGAAGAAGAAGAAGAAAAGGAUGAAGAGAUUUGUGGAAUUCGGCCUCCGAAAAAGCGGAAAUAUCGCUCUCUUGCCAGCAUUUACAGAGAGACAAAAACCACUCGUGAUGAUGAUCAUAAUAUAAUUACAUUUGGGAAGACGAAGAAGAAGAAGUCUUCAUGAAGAUUAAUACCCUAGUGGGGUUUUUUUUUUUCUUUUAAGGUAGGAAUAUUUCUAAUCUUUUUUAUUUUUUUCAAGUCAUGGAUAUAUGAACUUUGUUUAAAGAGGUUUUUUGAUGCUUUUUCC